AUGAUGGUUGAAGAGCGUUGCCGUUCGAAUAGUAAUCACCGUUGUUGUUAUGAUGCGCGCUAUAGAAAUGGACCGACCGCGGAAACAACAGAAUCUUCAAAGUCUGCUUCUCGCUUCUCUUCUCGUAUAUCUAACGGAAAAAGGCGGCACUCCGUGGGAUCAAAAAAAUAUUCUUCUGGUUAUGGAUGUUCCCAAUCAAAGAAACCUUUUCUUGAAAAUGUUGACCGAAGGCACAAACGUAGCUCGCCCGCUUUAUCCUACCGUAAGUCUCGACCUCCUGGUUCAACGAUUAGAAAUGGCAAGGACAGUCACCUCCCCGAAGGGAAACAUUCGAGUCCCCCUUUCCAUAACGGUGAUGGUCCAAGAUCGAGUAAGAGGCAUCAUGAACACAGUCAAAAAAGGCAUCAUUAUGGCUCCCCAACUCAUUCCAGUCACAGGCGUAAGCGACAGCGUCGAAGCAAGGAGAGGGUCAAACAGAAAGCGAGCCACGAUCACCAUCACAAACGUGACAAAGAAUCCCCAGUCAUUCCUCUCGGGAAGAUGAUCAAACAUCGGUUCGAGGUGCGUAAGGUCCUAGGCGAGGGGAGUUUCGGACAGGUUCUCGAGUGUUUUGAUAUAUCCACUCACUCACAGGUGGCAGUUAAGGCAUUAAAGAGGCUAGAAGAUUAUCAAGAAGCGGCAAAACAUGAAGCGGAUAUCCUUAAUCUGAUCGCUAAGUCUGGUACUUAUAAUGGUUCCAAUUGCAUUCAUGCGGUUGAUUUUUUUGAAUGGCAUUGUCAGUACUUUAUAAUCUUUCCUCUCUUGAGUACUAGUGUGUUUAACCUUCUUGAGCAGAAUGAUUAUGAGCCCUAUCCCAUGGAUUAUGUCAUCUCUAUAUCCCGUCAACUUUGUGAGGCUGUGGGAUUUAUGCAAAAAUUGGGUAUUUGUCACACAGAUUUAAAGCCAGAGAACAUUAUGUUUACUUCCCAUGAGUUUAUCGAGGUGCCUUCUACGACUCGGGAUGGAACGAUUCGACUUGUUAAGGAUCCCCAGAUCAAGGUUAUUGAUUUUGGAUCGGCUGUGACGGCAAAAGAAAGACAUUCCAAAACUAUUCAGACCCGUCACUAUCGAGCUCCUGAAGUUAUUCUCGAAAUUGGAUGGUCAUACCCUGCUGAUAUUUGGUCAGUCGGUUGUAUAAUUUAUGAAGUACUUACGGGUCAGUGUCUGUUCAUGACCCAUGACAACCUUGAGCACUUGGCGAUGAUGCAAAGAUUUAUUGGCCCUCUCCCUCGUGAAAUGGUAGAUGAAAGUCGAAGGCGGAGGUAUUUCCGCCAUGGUCGUUUAGAUUGGGACGAGGACAGCUCAGCUGGUCGCUAUGUUCGGAAAAAUGUGCGUUUCCUAGGUGAUAUCUGGCUUUCUACUCAAGAUCUCCUUACAAGUGCUGCUUAUGAUCUUAUCAAGGCUAUGUUACGAUACGUUCCAAAAAAGCGUAUAACCCCCCAAGUAGCCCUUACUCACAGUCUUUUCAAAUAA